GGAGCGUUCUCGAGGCGGACGAGGAGAGUUUGCAGACCGGCUCAUACUUUAAAUCUGGAAGUUCUGGAGGAUGGACCCAUUUUUGGUUUUACUGAAUUCAUUUUCGAGCAGCAUCUCUCCAGAUGAGCUUUCUGAUCUCAAGUUUCUAUGCCAGUCAAAAAUUGGUUAAAAAAAGUUAACAGCUAUGGAAAGGGGCACUGAGCUAUUCAACGUUCUUCUUGAACAGAAUGUCAUUACACCUUACAAUGUAGAAUUCUUAAGAGUGAUGCUCCAAAGUCUGAAAAGAGAAGAUUUGCUAAUUCAACUGGAGCAGUUUGAAGAAAGUAUAGAAGGUGAUCCUGCUGAUCAACUGGAUAUAGAAGAAAAACGUAAGGUGGAGAGAGCGUUUGAAAUCAUAUGUGAUAGUUGGAAAAUGCUGAUUCGAAAACUUGAAAUUUCAGGUACCAAAACUGAUCGAAUUACGGCUGCCCAUCCAUACAACUUAGAGGAACAAUUGAUGCAAUCCCUUCUUGUGUGGAAGAAAUUAAAAGGAAAAGAUGCUAAGGCUGAUGACUUAAUAAAAGCCCUUAGGGCCUGUAAAAUGAACCUAGUGGCAGACAAAAUCAAAGAUGCUUUACAUCUGGUUGUCUAA